AUGCCUGUCGUUACACCCGGUUGUCUCCUACCUGCACCUUCACUUGUUCUAGCACCGGCAAAUAGGACACCUGGUUUGAUUACUGGUCUUGUUGGUGGUGGUGAGUCAGAUCACGUUAAGAAUGCGAUGCGGGACUAUGAUUCGGACGAUGAGCCUGAUCACAUAUCAGGGGAUAGUGAGGAGGAGACUCCAGUGCCCCCACUUGCACCUCAGGGGCCAUCCAAUUCUAGGUCCCACCAACAACCGCCGCAUUUCUCAGCGCUUAACCUGGAAGCAGUGAGUCAACAACUGGAAGAUGCACACACCUUCGGAUACCAAGGAUUACAAGAGAGCAAUGCUUUUGGGAAAUUUCAGUAUCGGGUUAUGAAAUCUGAUCAUCUGAAGUAUGUUGGGAGAUGCAAGGAAUUUGGAAAUGGCUGCACUUGGAUGAUCCACGUGGCACUUCGGCAGCGCAAGGGUAACUGGGAAGUUAGAAGGUACAACGGAGCCCACACUUGCCUGGCCACAUCGAUUUCGAGCAACCACCGACAGCUCGAUUACCACAUAAUCUGUGCAAGGAUCUAUUCGUUGGUUAGGGCGGAUGCAAUGAUUACCAUAAAGGUGUUGCAAGAAGUUACUGAGUCAACCUAUGGAUUCAGGCCUAGUUACAGGAAGGUGUGGAAGGCAAAGCAGAAGGCAGUCUCCCAGAUUUACAGGGAUUGGGAAGAGUCAUAUGCGAAGUUGCCCCGGUGGAUCCUUGGGAUGCAACCAACGAUGGAUGGAACCGUAGCUUUGUUGAAGACUUCUCCAGUGCAUGUAGGUGGUGAGGUUGAUGAGUCUACAGAGUACUUUCAUCGACUUUUCUGGACAUUUCCUCCAUGCGUUGAGGCUUUUAAACAUUGCAAGCCACUAAUCAGCAUUGGCGGAACGCAUCUGUAUGGGAAGUAUGGCGAGACUUUGCUUCUGGCUAUUGUGCAAGAUGGAAACUCAAACAUAUUACCAGAAGGGAUUCUGGUGAUCUCUGACAGACACAACAGCAUUAAGGCUGCACUGGAGGCACUAGACAGUGGUUGGAAACCGCCUCAUGCAUAUCGAGCGUAUUGCAUUCGACAUGUUGCAGCUAAUUUUGUUCUCAAUUUCAAGGGUCAGGAUGUAAAGCGGAUGCUCGUGAAUGCGGCAUAUGCCAAGACUAAGGCCGAGUUUGACUACUGGUUUGCUAUUUUGAGGACUGAGAAUCCGGCCUUGUGUGAUAGGGCCAACCGACUGGAGUACGAUAAAUGGACCCAACACCAGGAUGGAGGCAGACGGUUCGGCCACAUGACGGCGAACAUAUCCGAAUGUGUUAACUCUGUACUGAAGGGGACACGGAAUCUGCCGGUUACUGUACUUGUCAAAUCCACAUAUGGGAGGUUAGCAGAGCUUUUUGCAUUCCGAGGGCAGACAGUAGAGGCGCAGUUGGGAUCAGGCCAAUGA